AAAACGAGUUGACCCAUUAUAGAGAUCCAAAACACAGGCCACUAGCCAGAGUAGAGAGAGAAACCAAAAACAGAGCAAAAGAAAAAGAAAAACGCCUGCAUUGAGAGAGAGAGAGAUGGUGAGUAAAACAGAGGAGACCCAAUUGAACAGGCUUGAAAACCAGGUAGACAAUGGAGGAGGAGGUGCUUGGGAGUAUCUUUGCCUUGUCAGGAAGCUCAAAGUUAGGCGUUCAGAGAAAGUCUUGAAGUAUGGCUUAUCGAUCUUAAACGACCCCAAAAAACGAUCUGCUCUUGGCCCUGAAGAAUGGACUCUAUAUGAGCAGCUAGCUAUUGCUGCUAUGGAUUGCCAAUGUCUCGAUGUUGCAAAGGAUUGCAUAAAGGUUUUGCACAAGAAAUUUCCGGAGAGCAAAAGGGUUGGCAGGCUGGAUUGCAUGUUGCUUGAAGCAAAGGGAUCCUGGGCUGAGGCAGAAAAAGCUUACUCAAGCCUUUUAGAGGACAAUCCACUUGAUCAAGUAAUACAUAAGAGGAGAGUAGCCAUGGCAAAAGCUCAAGGAAAUAUUUCAGUGGCUAUUGAAUGGCUUAAUAAAUAUCUUGAGAUAUUUAUGGCUGAUCAUGAUGCUUGGAGAGAACUUGCAGAUAUAUAUCUCUCCCUACAAAUGUACAAGCAAGCAGCAUUCUGCUAUGAGGAGCUUCUUUUGUCUCAUCCUACAGUUCCAUUAUAUCAUUUGACCUAUGCUGAUGUACUCUACACACUCGGUGGACUAGAAAACCUUCAAACUGCCAAGAAAUAUUAUGCAUCCACUAUUGAUUUGACGGGGGGUAAGAACACCCGAGCACUUCUCGGAAUUUGCUUGUGCACCUCGGCCAUAGCUCGGCUUUCAAAAGGAAGGAGCAAGGAAGACAAGGAGAGUCCAGAGCUCCAGUCUUUGGCAGCAAAAGUGUUAGAGAAAGAAUACAAGCAAAGAGCCGCAGACAAGCUCGGUUUGCUUACUUCUGCUUUAAGAAGUUUGAAAAUUUAGUCUUAACACUGAUGACAUCGAUUUAACACUUGAAUUAUUGCCCCAUACUCUAGAAUAGAAAAAGGUGUUGAACUUGAAGAUAAUUUCCGGUUCUAAAGAUUUCAAAAUGUCUUAGUCUUCGAUGAAUUCAAGUUACAAGUUGCCAUUCAUGUGUGCUUUCCACUUUAUUUUGCCAUUCUUGUCAUCUAUUUUGAGAGGUCUUGAUGGAUUAUUCAGUACACUGCUAUCAAAACAAGACUAAUUUAUGAUAUAAAGUUUCCACCCUCCUUGAGUUCUUGAUGUAUUA